AACGUUAAGGAAAAGUGUAAAUAACAAGCAAUUUGAAGAGAGAAAAUAAAAGUAAAUUGUCAAGAACAGCAGAAUGUUAGACAUUGAAUAAUGGAAAACAUUGUUCACAAUUUCGCGAAAAUAAGUUUUCAACCAAAGGAGGUUGUUUUGACCGAAAAUCGUUCUGCACCGAUUUUUCCACCGGCCAACAACUUUGGCUGUAAUUUCAAGCCUAGGGCUGGCAUAAUGGACGAAGUGUGGGAAUCGGAAAUUGGAGAUACCGACCAGUCGGAUGAGAUAGAUUCCCAGCUAAGCCGGAGCGAGGACAACGAUGAAAGCGAUAGCAGUAGUCACCGCUAUGGUCAUCGCGGUGGCGUCUCGCGUCGUCGCAUGCCCGCUCGUGUGUCCAAGGACAACUUCAAUCGCGUCUGCAGCACCAUCAUGAAGACCAGCAAAAAGAAGCGCAGGGAAACGCUGCACACCAAUGAACAGACUCUCAAGAGCAUCGAGAAAAUCUACACCAGCAAGCGCAUGAAGAAGUUCACGCCCGCCAAUCUCGAAACGAUAUUCGAGGAGCCCAGCGAUGAGAACGCCGCCGAUGUCGAAGAUGACAGCGAGGAGUGUGCCAUCACUAGCCAGGUCAAGAUGGUAAAGUUUGGUUCCCGCAAGCUGCGUCGUGCCAUCUCAUUCAACGAUGGCCUCAACAAAAACAAGAAUCUGAUCAAGAAGCGACGUUUGAAGGUGAAGAAAACCUUUGGCAAGCGCUUUGUACUCAAAAAGAUCUCAAUGACUGAGUUCCAUGACCGUCUCAACAAAAGUCUCGACAGCGCCAUGUUCGAGGAUGAGGAUGCACCCAGCGGUAGCACGGACUCCAAUCUGCAGACAGAGAGAGCAACUGUCACCACAUUCAUGGACGACAUGCAACUGCCACCGCUGUCGUCACAGUCAACAGCUUUCGAAUAGACUGAGGACUGAGAAAUUGAAGUGUAUUGGAGUCGAGUGAAGUUGAGGUGUGACCAACCAACCACAUGUAUGUCCCACUGGGCAAUUUGGCAUUUGGUCAAAUGAACUGAUACCAAUUACUAUGUUUAAUGUAAGGUUUUUUAUUUAAUUUCCAUCUAGGAAGUAACUUAAUCUAUUGCGUUGAAAUGUAAUGUUUGUUGAUAGCGCAUUACUAAAGCUAAGUAAGAAUACAAUUCUGUUCAACAUUAUUAGUGGUCCUAAAUGAAUGGGUAGAACUGUAUUAAACAGUAGUUUUAAUAAAUUAUCAUCUUACCAAAUAGGAACUGCGUACAUUAUUAUUUUACUGCCGCAAUUAAAUGUAUAUAAAAACAAA